AUGGAUAAGGCUGAUGCUACCACCAUAUUGGGUUUCUGGUUCACCUGGCAGGAGAAUAACUUUCAACCGGCCUUUUCAUUCAAGGCCUGGAAAGAUUCAGAUGGGGAGAUGGAAGAGGCAGUGUUGUGUCCACCUACUACCCGUCAUGGCAAGGCCUCAAAGCAGGCCAAAGGGAAGGGCAAGGGCAAAGCAAAUCGCAAACACAACCACUGUGCGGCCAUGGACAGUGAUGCCGAGGGAGAGUCAGAUAGUGAUGUUGCGUCAUCCAGUGAUGAUGAGGAAGCAUCCUCUGCCGACAAAGGGCAAGAGGCCUUGCUGCCUCGACAAGUGGCAAUGCCGCCGACGAAAAGUGGCAAGGUCAAGUCACAGCCUACCAGAUCACGGCGUGAUGCCAAACAGGUUAUGGGCAAGAUCGUUGAGGAAGUGAAUGCUCCUACGACUUCUGGACACCCUGGUGGGGGCACCUGA